GGAUUUGCUAGUAAUAAAACCAUUUAAAUUUACGUGGAAAGGUUUUAAAGUGUGCACAUAUCGUCCGUCGCUCUUAGUAAUAAGAUAAGUCGUAGCAUAGUAAAGGUUUUAGAAAAAGCCUUUAAUUUAAUUUGGGGUAGUUUAAAAAAUAUCAAUUUUGGGGAUUGAAGAUAAGCUUUGCUUUCCUAAAAUAUGUCAAACCAUAUUCAGCACCCCUACCACAUUGUUGACGAAUCCCCUUGGCCGCUUUACGGUUCAUUGGGGGGUUUAUAUUUAACUAGUGGGAUAAUUUCAUGAUUCCAUCUUAAUUCAAUAUUUUUAUUUUUUAUUGGGCUGCUUUUGUUAGGGAUGGUAAUAUUCCAAUGGUGGCGUGAUGUGAGACGAGAAGGUGCGGUUCAGGGGCUUCAUAGCGCAAUCGUCGAAUUAGGGCUGCGUUGGGGUAUGUUGCUUUUUAUUACUUCUGAGGUAUUUUUCUUUUUAAGAUUUUUUUGGGCUUACUUUCAUGCGAGACUAGCUCCCAGCGUUGAGUUGGGGGGGCUUUGACCACCUUUAGGCGUAGUCCCCUUCAAUCCAUUUGGGGUUCCCCUACUGAAUACUAUUAUUUUAGUUUCUUCAGGCGUUAGCGUAACCUGAGCCCACCACGCCCUCAUAGCGGGGGAGUACGGCCAAGUAAAAAAGUCUUUAGGGUUAACAAUCGUUUUAGGGCUGUAUUUUACUGCUUUGCAGGGGUUAGAAUAUUAUGAGGCUUCAUUCAGGUUUGCCGAUAGUAUCUACGGCUCUACUUUUUUUAUUGCCACAGGGUUCCAUGGGCUACAUGUCAUUGUUGGGACUUUGUUUUUAUUAGUUUGUUGAGUUCGGCACCUAAAAGGUGAGUUUAGUGCUGCGCACCAUUUUGGAUUUGAGGCUGCUGCUUGGUAUUGACACUUUGUUGA